UACUCACGUGCUCCCAUGACCGCUCGCGCUGCUACGAUUCCUACGAUUCCGACGCGCCACAUAAAUCCAGUUACAGCCAGACGACAAGGCGGUAGGCAUGCGGUAGGGCACGGGCCGAUCGAAGCGCUCACAAGCGGAGAAUCCGGAAGUUUCUGGAAUCUGGCACUCGUGAUCUGGCAACAACGCUUGCAGCGUUUCUUUGCGAGGGUCUUCUCCAACGUAGCUGGCCACUGGAGGAUGUUUGUAUCGAAAGCCAGCCGCUACGCCUUCAGGAUUUCGCACAAUGUCUACUUUGACAACCAGCUGAAAACGGGGAAGGACCGUGUCGUGUCAUCGUCGGCAUUUGCACUGUCUACUGUGGGCAUUCUGCUGUCUGCCUUCGGCCUCCGACAGAUGGGUCACAACCAGAAAUGGAUCGAGCGCGGCUGACGACACCGAAAUGACUCUAGUCUAAAUAAUUUGCCUCCCCACCCUUAGGCAAUGCGGCCCUUCCCCUGCACGUUGCUUUCAACAGUGGAGCUCAGCAUGAAUUACGCCAUCAUCACAUUGACAGCCAAGGACUUCUUGUGCUUAGAAAGCUUGCUGUUGUAGCGCCUAUUUCUUGCAUCAAAGUUUCCAGCGUCCUGUAUUUAUGACCGUAAUGAUCUGUUCAAACGUUACAAUGAGUAAUGUUAGAUUUAUGUCGAAUAAACCCUCGUCUCUCAAGUUA